CACUUGAAAGUUACUACCAAUGAUAUAAACCCUAAUUCCUGGGCUUUUGCUUCUGGUAUUUUUCCUGUGGUGCGGGUUUGGUUUGUACAGUUAGUACGUUAUCUCCGGUGAUGUUGGCCUUUCCGUCGAUGAAUCUCUCUUCCUUCCCCUGGGAACCUCGUAUGGUUUUGGUCCCCAAUUUCACCCGUCUUUCUUCCUGCACGCGAGCAAUCUCUCUAGUGAGCUACGCGAAGAGGAGGGCCUCUGCUCCCCAGCCGCCUCCACCCAAGCAUCUCGCUAUCAAGGAAGAACGAGUGGAAGACGAUGAGGGAGAAUUUCUACAAGAAGAGGGAUCGGAAGUCCAAUUUGCUGAUGAUUUUGGAGACGAUUUUGAAUUGGAAGAUGAUGAGGAUUUUGAAGAUGAAUUUGAGGAAGAAGAGCUUGAGAAAGAAGCAAGUCUCUUUGUUGGAGAUGGUGCUGCAGGGGGAGGAAUUUCCCUUGCCGGCAAUUGGUGGGAUAACGAAGCAUUGACCAUUGCACAAGAAGUUUCGGUAACAUUUGAUGGCGACCUGAAAAUUUAUGCUUUCAAAACUACGACAAAUUCGGACAUACGUGUGCGAAUUGAAAAGCUUUCUACCAGGUAUGGUUCUCCCAGUAUGGAGGAUAUUGAGGCCUUUUCUACCGUCUAUCGCUCCCGCUUAGAUGAAGCUGAGCUUGCUGGAAAACUACCAGACAUCUCUUUGGAGGUUUCAUCCCCCGGUCUUGAGAGGGUUGUGCAUGUCCCGGAGGAGCUCGAACGGUUCAAAGACCGACCUAUGUAUGUGAAAUAUGUCGUUGACAGCGACAACGAUGUUGCCACGUCCUCCUCUCAGGAAAAAGAUGGUGUGUUCAGUCUCAUUUCUUUGGAUGUGGAAUCAGGCCAAUGCACAUGGGGCAUAGCAGACGUGAAGGUGAAUAGGCAAAAGGCAGGGAAAGGAAGACCUCUAAGCAAGAAACAAAGAGAAUGGCGGUUGCAAACUUCAUUUGAAUCCCUGCGGCUGGUCCGGUUGCAUCCAGAUUGCUGAGACAUGGCACAGCCUUAAGGUUAGGCAUAUGUUCCUGUUGAUCCACCUCCCCUAGCGAUGAGCCAGUCUAAAAUAAAUCAAAAGGUUGAAAUGAUUAUGCAAGCUUGAUUUGGUUGCUUUUUAUUUGCAGCUUAGUUUUGUUUAGAUGUUGUUCACAAACAUUGUUUGAACAUGUUCAUGAACAUUAUUAAGCUAUAUAUAUAGAGAGAGAGAGUGAGAGAGAGAUUUGAUA